GAGGGUGCAGAAAUCGGGGGCUUUCCAGUAAGACCUAGAGCCCCGCAGCAAGGCACCCGAAGAGCCGCAGGGGCAGCGGCUGCGGGGCGCUCGGGCCGGGCGUUAACGCGCCGCGCUCCGGCUGCGCUCCCGCCCCGGGGCCGCCUCCGCGGGGGCGGAGCGGGCUCCCCCUCUGCCUGCUGCCCGGGUUCCGCCUUCCCUGCUGUCCCCGCUCCGCCUCUGCCCGCUGCCGGCAUGGAGGACGCGCACCGGGCCGCCCGCCUGGCCGCCCUGUGCCUCCGCACGCCGCUGGACCCGCGCACACGGGCACCGGCCGCGCUCUACGAGCGGGGAGCGCCGCAGGAUGGCUUUGACUUGGAUUCAAAUAUCAACAGAGAGCAGACCUCCCCUUCAAAGAGAGACUGUGACAAUUGGAUAGACUUUUCCAAAAUGUACAAUUCAAAUCAAGAGUAUUACUUGAAGCUGGAAGAGUUGAAGAAUGCCCACAUGGAGACCAUGGCAAAACUGGAAAGCAUGUAUCAGAACAAACCCUAUUUAAAAGGAGUACAAGCCUUAGAUAAGAGAAAUGACACCUGUCCAAAGUGCUCCAGGCCAACUUGGGACAAGAGCUCAUAUCAGCCUAUUAACCUGCACAAAUCCUUUUCAGACUCAGACUUAAGUGAUCCCUUGGACUCAAGUGUAUCCGACACGUCUGAGGUAGAAUUAGUGUUUGAAGAAAACAGCAGUGAAACUGGAUCAUCCUCGUUUGCUAGGCAGCAGAUUGAAAAAAUGUGGGAUGGGUUCUCCCUGGAAGACUACAUCUCCCGUGCCAAGCACAGCUUGCCCAGCUCACCACCACCCUGCAGGAAGGUGCCCAAGAAACAGAAGGUGUGGUCUCCCAGAAUCACCGUGCCCAAGCCCUUCCAGAUGACCAUCAGGGAAGCCCAGAAGAAGGAGCAGAACGUCAAGUCCAAGUCACGGAUUGAGCUGGAGAAUCACUUACUGAAGAAGCAGCUGGAGGAGGAGGCAGAGUGCCAGAAGAAGUUCCGAGCCAACCCCGUGCCCGCCGCCGUCCUCCUGCCGCUCUACCACGACAUCGUGCAGCGCGACGAGGAGCGCAGGAGGUCCGUCAGGGAGAGGAGCAAACUCAGGCUCCUGGCUUCCCAAAAGCCAUUCAAAUUCAUUGAGAGAGAGAGGCAAAGGAGAGAAACCAGGAAAAUGCAGUUAAAAGAUGUUCUGCCGCCUGAAAGUGAAAGCAAGGUGUUCAGAGCGAGACCGGUCCCAAAAUGUGUUUAUAGUCCAGAUUACAAUGACAAGCUAAAGGAGAAGGAGCUUUACAGGGAAAUCAGGAUCAGGAUGAGAGCAGAGGAGCUGCUACGAAAUUCAAGUGUACCCAACAGCAGACUGGCCUUAAAAGAGACCAACAAAAACAAGAAACACAAGAGCACUGAGCACAAACCCAAAAUCAAACCAAGCAUUCCUGAUUUUGAAUUCCUACAUGAGAAAUUCCAGGAACGCCUCCUGCAACAAAAAAAAGUGAAACCCCUCACAGUCUGUGAGCCUUUCCACCUUUUUACCUCCUACAUUCCCUCAAACAAGGACAAGAUCCUGAAGGACAUUCAAGAGGAUGAAGAGACAUUGAAGGAAACACGGUGGCCAUUUGCCUCUCUGAGAAGGAAGCCUCAGAUGGGGCAGUCAGGGGCAAACCCACAUCUCCUGAGAAGAGGAAAAUCCAAGUUUCCCAAAAACACAGAAGCCACAAGACGACGGCUACAAGCCUUGAGGAAUUCCCUUGAGGAAAAGAGAAAGCUGGAAGAACAACAAAAGAGGAACAGAACCAAGCAGAAACAAAGAACGAGAAAAUUCCAGAAAAUUGUGAUGGCUCGGGCUGAGGCCAAUGACCCACAUCAGAGCCUGGCUCAGAUGUCUAAAUCCAGAUUAAAAACAUUCAGGAACAGCGAGAGGCAGAGAAGGCAGGAAUAUUUGCAAGAAUUGCAAGAAAUGGAAAAAAGAGUAAAACAAAUGCCAUUGCUUUUUGAAAGAGUUGCUCAGAAAAAUGCCAGAAUAGCUGCAGAAAAGUAUUAUUCAAACAGACUGAGAGAACUGGGGAUCUGCCCAGAGUUUGUUUCGAAGAAAGGAGAAGCAGCCAAAUCACUGCAGUUCUCCAGUGCUGGAGAUUUUACCUCUGUUGCUGUCAGAAAAAGAGUCAUCAAGGUUAAAGCAAAAAAAGGGGAAUCCUUUGAGGAAGCACCUGGUGACAAUCCCCAGUAUGAGCAGUUCUGGGAGGAGGAGGAGGAGGAGGAAGAGAAGGGACAAAGUGUCAAAACUUCUACCCCAGAUGAGCAGUGCAGUGAUCUGGAGGAUGAGGCCAGAGCCAGCCCUGAUGUCCUUGAGCCUGAAUCCAGCCAGCACAGUGAGGAGGAGGAGGAGGAAGAGGACGAGGAAGCAAAGUCAAGCCCAUCACUUGGUCAAUCCCAGGAGGAAGAGGAGGAAGAAGAGGAAGCAAAGUCCAGCCCAUCACUUAGUCAUUCCCAGGAGGAGGAGGAAGAGGAAGCAAAGGCAGAACCAUCUCUUGACCAUUCCCAGGAGGAAGAGGAAGAAGAGGAAGCAAAGGCAGGCCCAUCUCCUGAUCAUUCCCAGGAGGAAGAAGAGGAAGCAAAGGCAGACCCAUCUCUUGACCAUUCCCAGGAGGAAGAGGAGGAUGAGUCCAGGCCCAGCUCUUGGUCUGGCAGGUCCCAGGAGCAGGAAGAGGAAGCUCAGUCAGACCCUGAAGCUGAGGGUGCCUCCCAGUAUGAGGAUGAGGAGUAUGAGAGUGAUGAUUCCCAGGAGAAGCCCAGUGAAGAGGAAGGGGACUGACAGGAAGGGUUGGCACUCAGGAACCUCUUCCAGUGCUGGCUGUGGAACAGACACCAGAAAAAGAAUUUGGUGCUUUGCUACACAUCCAAAAUUUUGUGAAGUUUUACCUCUUAGUUUAAGGGACCUGCUAGUGCAGGAAUUGUGUUUGUUUUCCAGUAAGAAAGCUCAAGUUUGUAGUUUUCACCAAGAAAAUAAUUUCCUUUUGUAUCACUCUUCUUCAUUGCACUUUUCUGACAUGGGUGCACCUCUGUUCUUAAAAUGAGCUGCAACCUCAUGGUUUAAUAAUGAAUUACACAGUGUGCUGUGUAACUACUGAGGGCUCAUAUCCAGCUCUUCCCAUGGGCUGGCAAAGCCAGGGAAGAUUUUGGAGCAGGAAUUGCCAUUUUAUCCCUGGAAAAGGGGAAUCUUUUUACCUCAGGUAACUCUAAUUGUAUGAAACUAUGCAAGGAAGUGCUUUAAUACCUCUUCUUACACACUGGCAACUCAGGACUUCAGCUACUCCACAAAAACUCUCAAAAUAAUAUUUGGGAUUUGUUUUUCUUCAUUUUAUCAGUAGUACCUUCUCCUACUGACUUUCUUGCUAAAAAACCUGUUACUAUUUUUUCCUCCUUAUUUUGUUACACAGUUUCUCCAUGUUUGGAAGUUUUUUAAGCAUUCUUAUUUAUUUUUGAAGUGUGAACAUAACUAAUGUGAAUUUGAAACUUUUUUAAAAACUUGAAUUAAAUAUCUGUGAAAAUAUUAAUCCUUGCUUCACAAGAGA